AUGGAGGACUCGGAGGCAGGAGGUGCUUAGAGAUCGGACAGAUGCGGAUUAUGGGAGGCACCGCGAUGGAAGUGUUUAUUAGAAAAACCCAACGGUAAACUGGCGUCAUUUCGAAAUUUGAACAGCUAGAUAUUAACGGAGAAUGUCUUUUAGCGAAACCGCGACCAAAUCUCAGUCAUUCCGUUGUAACGUGUCUUUAUUCUUUUUAUUCCUGACUUAUAUUUUUACAUUUUUAUUAUUAGCUCUUUCCUGUUUUGCCAAUUCGGCUUCCAGAAGAUGAACCUUGGUUUGGCAAUGAGGUAUCGAGCACAGUAACCUGUUAAUAUAUUACACAUAACUGGAAGGAAUGGUGCUGUAGGUGCUGGAAAAAAGACUUGAACUACUAGACAGGAUGACAAGGCUGUGUCACCAUUUGCUCUUACUUUCGUGGACAAUAAUGUCCCUGUUUGAAGUCAGCAUGUCCGGGACCAGCUCUACAGUGCUCCGUGUGGCCCUGCGACAAGGCCCCCACACCCCUCCGCAGCCUGAACCCUGGCAGGGUCCCCAGAUGCCGAUGCGGAAACGGAGGGGUACCAGUAGCAUUAAUUUUGUGGACAUGAUCGACAACCUCCGUGGGAAGUCGGGACAAGGCUACUACGUGGAAAUGGCUGUUGGCACACCGCCACAGAAGCUGAAUAUACUAGUGGACACAGGCAGCAGUAACUUUGCAGUUGGAGCAGCAUCCCACCCCUUCCUGCGCAGAUAUUACCACCGUUCCCUCUCUACGUCCUACAGGGACUUGGCGGCAAGAGUGUACGUACCAUACACCCAGGGCCGCUGGGAGGGGGAGCUGGGGACAGACAUGGUGUCGGUGCCGCACGGACCCAGCAUCUCCCUGAGAGCCAACAUUGCUGCCAUCACAGAGUCCGACCGCUUCUUCAUCAAUGGCUCUAACUGGGAGGGCAUUCUGGGCCUGGCCUAUGCCGAGAUUGCCAGGCCUGACGAGAACUUGGAGCCCUUCUUCGACUCUCUGGUGAGGCAGUCCAGUGUGCCCAACCUGUUCUCCCUGCAGCUGUGCGGAGCCGGCUUCACACAGAACUACAGCCUGGGCAGCGCCACUGUGGGGGGCAGCAUGAUUAUUGGCGGGAUCGACCCUUCCCUUUAUGUGGGGGAUGUGUGGUACACUCCAAUUCGUCGAGAGUGGUAUUAUGAGGUCAUUAUUGUGCGCAUCGAAGUCAACGGACAGGAUCUCAACAUGGACUGCAAAGAGUAUAACUAUGAUAAGAGCAUUGUUGACAGCGGCACCACAAACCUGCGCCUCCCUCGUAAAGUGUUCCAGGCGGCUGUGACAGCCAUUGAGGCCGCCUCUUCGACAGAACAGUUUCCAUCUGGGUUUUGGCUGGGUGAGCAGCUGGUGUGCUGGCAGGCUGGAACCACUCCCUGGCACAUCUUCCCCGUCAUCUCCCUCUACCUAAUGAGCGAGAACCACAACCAGUCCUUUCGCAUCUCCAUCCUGCCCCAGCAGUACCUAAGGCCUGUAGAGGGCGUCGCCUCUGCACAGGAAGACUGCUACAAGUUUGCAGUGUCUCAGUCUAGUACAGGCACAGUGAUGGGUGCUGUCAUCAUGGAGGGCUUCUAUGUCGUCUUCGACCGCCAACACAAGCGCAUUGGCUUUGCUGUCAGCACCUGUCAUGUUCAUGACGAGUUCCGGACAGCCUCAGUGGAGGGCCCGUUCCAUGGCCUGGAGCUGGAGGACUGCGCAUACAACAUCCCUCAGACGGACGAGUCCACGCUCAUGACCAUCGCCUACAUCAUGGCAGGAAUCUGUGCCCUCUUCAUGCUGCCACUCUGCCUCAUGGUGUGCCAGUGGCGCUUCUCCCGCUGCCUGCGCUCUCUGGGUGCUGGUGACUUCGCCGAUGACUUGUCUCUCCUCAAGUGAGCCCCCCUGUAUGUAGAUAAUAGUAAAGCGCACUGACUUGGUAGCCAAAAGUGGGACCAUACCAAGUGUGUGAUAUGGGGGUUGAGCAGUAAUGGGGUAGUGUAUAUAGAUGUAAGGAUCUACAUAUCGCGUCCAGUUGGACUGUCCUGAACUGGGAAGAGUUUAUAACCCCACUGGUUUAUAACCCCGCAUGUGACAAUGGUUCCCCUAUCCCCAAGUGUGUAAUGUAUAUGUCCAAUGUGUGUGUGUGCGUGUGUGUGUGUGUGUGUGUGUGUGUGUGUGUGUGUGUGUGUGUGUGUGUGCGUGAGCACUCUUAAGAUGUCAUAUCUUUUACUAAUAACGGGAGCUUAAACUAAACAUGAUGUAUAAUUGCUGAAUAACUUUUAACUAUUUGUGAUUUUACAAACAAUACCAGCCUCUGAAAAGGAACUCAUAUUACUAACUACACAGAUGACUUGCCCUUAUUGACCUAUGAAAGAUACUUAAAGAUACAUUAAGAUACCUUUAUUUUAAAGGUCUAUUUAUGGAAACGUCUGAUCUAUGUAUCUAAACACUCAGUGGCACUCAUAUUAUUCCUCUAAAUGUGAAUCUGAGUAGUAAUUCAGUGCUGGUUUACCUGGGAAUAUAUGCACACACGGGAAUAUUUGCACGCACACACGCACACACACACACACACAUGGGAAUAUACACACAAACACACACAUGGGAAUAUAUGCGCGCACACACACACACACACACUCACACACACAGUAGCUGAUAAUUUAAAUAACCCACUGCUGCUCCAUCAGAGACUUUAUAUUGUUUUACACACAUAUGCACACAUACAACUGUCACUUAAUUCACUUGUGAGCCUUCAAAAUCCCCACAAUGUUGAUAUGCGCUAGAUAAAUAAAGAGCAGCUCUGUGGUUGGCUGCUACUGCAGAGUGAAGGCUGAGAGCCUGGAGUCUCAGCGUGGUUUACGUCAGCUUGGUGAGUGGUAGAGGGCUGCACACGUGCUUGGUGCUCAGGCAGUUAAACAUUGUGGCUGGUUAGAAGUAGAUUGCUGUUAUUCUAGUCAAAGCAUAACAUGCCUGAUUUAGAUUAAAAAGGGAAAACUGCUCAUUACUUUAGCAAGAGCACCUUGCUUCUUGCUUUCACCCAGUUUAUCUCAAGGGCUUUUGUUUGUUUGUUUGUUUUGGUUGUUUGUUUUUGAUCUUUACAAAGGCACAUUUUAUUAGAUUUGGUUUAUGCUAAUGAACAUCUCUAACAUCUAAUGUUCAUAGUGACUGUUUUUCGCACACCAAAAAUAUGCCACUUAUUGUCUCAUGACUGGUCAAACUGGUUUCUUGCCUUUUUGUAUUUAUACAAAGCACUAUUCAACAUGCACUGAAUACAGACCAAACCUGCCUGUUCUCUAAGAUUUGUUAACAUGCCUCCACAAAGAUGACGGCUUUGACGGCUGUGAAAUCUUCAUUGCAUUAUGUGUGUACUUUAUUAAAUAUUAUCUAGAUCCUCA